CCAUCUAUAUAUCCCAAUCUUAGGUUAAUCGAGUUGUAUAUGUAGGAAAAUAUCUAAGAAUUCACGAGUAUCCAUGGAUCAUCAUCAGCAGCAGCAGCAUCAACAAGGAAGUGAACCUUCUACAACAACCAAAGUUGAAAGAAAGAUCAUAGAGAGAAACAGAAGAAAUAAAAUGAAGGAUCUCUACUCCAAACUCAACUCUCUUCUCCCAAGCUAUAGCCCCACGGAAGUGUUACCAUUGCCUGAUCAAAUAGAUGAAGCCGUGAAAUAUAUCAAAAGCUUAGAGAAGAAGGUGAAGAUGGCAAAGGAGAAGAAGGAGAGGUUGCUAAAAGGGAGGAAUAACAAGAAGAGAUCUCGCGGUUUCGAUGAGAAAAAUAUUACAAAAUCUCCAAUGAUAGAUGUUCAUGAAAUGGGUAAUUCCUUGCUUCAAGUGGUCUUGACAUGCGGGUUUGAGAACAAGUUCCUUUUCAAUGAGAUUAUUCGCAUAUUGCAUGAAGAGAAGGUUGAGAUUGUUAGUGUCAAUUCUUCUUCGCAACCUGGAGAUUCAAUGAUUCAUGUUUUGCAUGCAGAGAUUCCUUCCGCAUUCCAGCAAUUUGGAGCGGCAAGAGUGAGUGAGAGAUUGAAGAGGUUUGUGAAUGGAUCAAUCAGUGAUGUGGAUAUAGAUCCAGGGUUUUGGGAUGAUUUUGAAAUUGAUACUGACAUUUGGGAGCUUCCAGAUCUUUCAUCAGUAGUAAGUAAGGGUUUUCCAAAUCCUUUGUAA